CGUCGUUGGCCUCAGGUCGAGCCUAACCUGACGAGCCGACGUUAGUCUGUUCUAGUUUGCGAAAGUAGUGAUCGGUAAAGGGGCGACACAUAGUUAAAACCGAAUCGAAACGAUUACUUCGCCACACGAAUGACCGAAUCCAUCCGGAACGAAGAGCUUGGUCGGAACCGCUAAGUCCAAUUGUGACUUCUGACAAUUCGAACAGGAGCAACCGCUGCAAACCUUCAAGGGAUUUCAUAAUGUAUUGAUUGGCUACAUAAACAUUGGAAUAAAGUAUAAAUGGAGUGGCCCUAAGCGAUCUUCUUGAAAUCCGUAAGCAAGCCAGUGCAACAAUAUGGAUGCGGCAGUAAUAGAUGUUCUUCAUCAAGCUGGUAGCCAAGAUCCAAAUGUACUGAAACCAGCGGAACAGACGCUUAAACAGUGGGAGACUCAAAGAGGAUUCUAUACGGCGUUAUUUAAUGUGUUUACAAAUCAUUCCUUAGCCGUAAAUGUCAGAUGGAUGGCUAUAUUGUACUUCAAGAAUGGCGUUGAUAGAUAUUGGAGGAAAAAUGCACCCGAUGCCAUCGCGGAGGAUGAGAAAGAAUUCCUUCGACAGCGGCUGAUUGCUAAUUUUGAUGAACCGAUUAAUCACUUGGCUGUACAACUCUCUGUUUUAAUUGCCAGAAUUGCUAGACUAGAUUGCCCCAGAGAAUGGGGGACUCUCGUUCCGACUCUUUUGGAAGCGAUAGGAGGACAAAAUUCUCUGGCCCAGCACAGAGCUUUGUUAACGCUCCACCAUGUUGUUAAAACAUUAGCAUCUAAGAGACUUGCAGGCGAUAGAGCAUUGUUUAUUGAAUUAACCAAUAAUGUGUUUAGCUUCAUUCUAAACUUAUGGAACACGUAUACCGAGUCUUUCCUAAUUUUGGCAUCAAGUGGAGGCAAUGCCAAUCAAAUGCAAGAGGUUUUAGAGAAAGCUCUGCUGUUACUGAGGAUACUCAGAAAACUGAUUAUAUAUGGAUUCAAUGAACCAUCAAAAUCUCAAGAUGCUAUGUUAUUCUUAAAGGUUAUCUUCGAACGUGCAAGAAACAGCCUCGAAUGUCGAAAAACGAUGGCGACAAGAGGCAUACAGCUGGAUGCAUGUGACAAAUUUAUCAUACACUUGACGAAAGUCCUAGUCGGCGUGUUAGAAAUGCAUCCAUUUUGUUACGUGGAACUAAUACCGGCUUCCUUAGAAUUUUCAGUGUAUUACUGUUUUACGGAAGCUGGUCAAGCAUUGGCCUUUGAAAGGUUUAUCAUUCAGUGCUUAAACUUGGUGAAGAGCAUUCUAAUGUGUACCAAAUAUACGCAAUCCAAAAAAAUAGAAGAGACCAGGUGCACUCUUGCUCUCAGAGCGCAUCAAUUGAGGGAAGAGUUCUUUACUGCUGAGACAUUGACUGAAAUUUGCUCAAGACUAGUCACACACUAUUUUCAACUGACAUCGGUGGAUUUAGAGCUUUGGGAUACGGAUCCAGAAAAUUUCGCCAUCGAUGAUGCCGGAGAAUCAUGGAAAUAUAGUCUGAGGCCGUGUACGGAGUCUGUGUUCCACGCGAUCUUCCAUCAUUACAAAAAUGUUUUAAUUUCGGUUGUAGUUGAUUUAAUGCAACAUCACUAUCAGCCCGUAGAUCCGAAUAAUUUACAUGCUAUACUGUUAAAAGACGCAGUUUACAACGCAGUCGGCCUUGCCGCUUCUGACUUAUAUGAUCAGGUCAAUUUCGAUCAAUGGUUCUCAACGACUUUAAAACAAGAAUUAAAGGUCCGAAGUAAUAAUUACAGAAUUAUAAGACGUCGUGUAUGUUGGCUAAUAGGACGUUGGGCGGAAGUCAAAUUGAGCGUACAAUUGAGACCAGAACUGUAUAAAUUGAUGGUCGAGGCGCUCAACCCGGAGGAAGAUUUAGGAGUUCGACUGGCAGCGAGCGAUGCCCUAAAAAUAGCUAUGGACAAUUUAGAAUUUAAGACGGAAGAUUUCUCUCCAUACCUGGAACCUGCAUUUUCUCAACUCUUCUCUCUUCUAAAGGAAGUCAAUAAAUGCGACACCAAAAUGCACGUAUUAUAUUUGCUUUCCUUCAUGGUCGAACGAGUCGGCAGUGGGAUAAAGCCUCAUGUAAACGCUCUUAGCACAUAUUUACCCUUGCUCUGGCAACAAUCUGAAGAACACGACAUGUUGAGGUGUGCCAUAGUGUCGACCCUUGUACAAUUGGAGAAGGCUUUACGUUCGGACAGUGCUGUUCUGAAACCGUUGGUGAUCAGUGUGAUAGCCAUGAGCUGUGACAUGAAUCGAGACGGUCACGUUUAUCUCCUCGAAGAUGGUCUAGAGUUGUGGCUUGUACUUCUAGAAAAUACAUCAGAGGCUACGCCUGCCAUAAUGGACCUUUUUCGAAACAUGCCUCCUCUACUAGAAUCCUCGACCGAGAAUCUCAGGUUGUGCUUGUACAUAAUUCAAGCAUACGUACUGCUCAGUCCUCAGGAAUUUCUAGGCGAAUGGGGAGCAGUGAUAGUUGACACGUUGAGGUCUCUCGUAGGGGAUUUACGAUCCGAAGGCAUAGUAAUGGUGAUGAGAGUUUUCGAAACAUGUCUCAGAGCCUUGUCUCAACAAGGCCCUCAGUUGAUGAAGCCACUCUUGUUCAAGAUAUUCAAGGGUGUGUACGAAGGAGAAGAACAUCCUAUGGUUAUGCUGAUGUAUCUGUCGAUCAUGGCUAGGGUAUUACUUAGUUCCAAAGAUGUUUUUGUACAGGUCGUUGGUGAAUUAUCAAGGGAUAUACAAGCAAACGGAAAUGAUACGAGUGAAGAAGUCGUACUCAACAGAAUGGUUCACAUGUGGUUAAAUCGAAUGCCAGCCAUGAUUGAACCAGAACGACGUAAAUUAUUAGCUCUUGCUUUAUGCUCUCUUCUUGGAGCAAACAGUCCAUCCUGUAUUCUUCAACAUUUUCCACGAAUUGUGUUAAAUAUUAUUGAAACUCUAAAUGAUAUAACAGUAAUCGACGAUAUGGGUUGCCCACACGACUCAUUAAUGCUCAGUGGUCAACCAAGCCCAUCUCAGUACGACGAUACGGAAUACGAAACCGAGGAUGAACAGCGGAAAAACCGCCUUGACAUAAAUGAUUCAGUGCACAAUGUUUCUUUGAAAGAAACUUUUCAAAGUCAGCUAACUACUCUUCACUUGUUAAUGGGAGACAAUCAGUUUGAUCAGUUGCUACGAACGCUCAGUCCAGAAGUUGAAAUGCAGCUUAAGGAGUACGUGUCUAUCUGAAAAGCCAUUAAUCGGUCAAAUACCACAUAAUAUGUAAAAAGCUUAACAAUGCCCGACUUUAAACGGCACUAUUUUAUUGUAUAAUACUAUCUGUUUCACUGUAUUAAUAAUGUUGAUUAUAAAAGCAUAAUAUAACAUUUACAGCACUAUUUAUAUAGUUGGAAAAUCAGACAUCGACAAAGCUGGUGCCAAGAUUCGCUGUUAAAAUAUUCAUUAUCGAUGCUACACAGAAUUCAAGUACCAUAUAUUUGAAUUGCGUACUAAAUCCAUGCAAUACUCGGACUUACUUUCGUAAAACGAUUUAUUAAAUCUAUAACCCAUGUAAAAAA